GCGUCCUGGAAAAUUCCACAUCCCAGCUAGCUCCACCUAUGCGCCUUCUCUGGGCCGCUGGCUCUUCACUCAAUCCCGACGGCCUUUGCGCGAACAAAAUGGCAGCCCCCAUGCCGCGGGGGGUGUCUUGCUUAUCCAGGGCUUUAGGAUGGUGGUCUCGGCAGCCAGUCCUGGUGACUCAGUCCACAGCUGUAGUUCCAGUGAGAACUAAAAAACGUUUCACACCUCCUGCUUAUGAACCUAAGUAUAAAUCGGAAAAGGAGUAUUUAGAGCAUGCCCGGAAAGCAGGAGUGGUCAUUCCUCCUGAACGUUUGGACCGUCCUUUACAUCUGGCUUGUACAGCUGGUAUCUUUGAUGCCUAUGUUCCUCCUGAGGGUGAUGCACGCGUAUCCUCUCUUUCAAAGGAAGGACUGGCACAGAAAACUGAGCGGUUGAAGAAGAACGUGGCAUCAAAAUUGUCAAUCCAGAAGAUAAGAGAACAUGAUGCUAAUUUUAAAAUAAAGGACUUCCCUGAAAAAGCUAAGGAUAUCUUCAUUGAGGCUCACCUUUGUUUAAAUAACUCAGACCAUGACCGACUUCAUGCGUUGGUAACAGAAAACUGUUUUCCGGACAUGGUCUGGGACAUCAAAUAUAAGACUGUGCGCUGGAGCUUUGUCGAAUCUCUAGAACCAGCCCAGGUGGUUCAAGUUCGCUGUUCCCAUCUGCUGAACCAGGGCAACCUCUUUGGCCAGGUCACUGUCCGAAUGCACACCCGCCAGACUCUGGCCAUCUAUGAUCGGUUUGGCCGGUUGAUGUAUGGACAAGAAGAUGUGCCGAAGGAUGUCCUGGAGUAUGUUGUGUUUGAAAGGCACCUGACGAACCCCUAUGGGAGCUGGAGAAUGCAUGGCAAAAUUAUUCCCCCAUGGGCACCUCCUAAGCAGCCCAUUAUUAAGACGGUGAUGAUCCCUGGUCCCCAGUUGAACCUGGGGGAAGAUUAUGAAGAGUCCCGAGGAGAGACCCAUAAGUCUCAGCUAGCCUGAUGGCAGAAAUGGUUCCUAUGAAUAAGGCAUGGAAACUGUGAAACUGUCCAUUUCCAUCGUGCUAUAGAGAGAACUGCCUUUGUCUCUCCUGUCCUGCUUGGGUCUUUUCAGCAAUCUCAUCCUUGGCAACUGACACCAUGAUUGAUCGCUAGGCCCAAGUGGGUGGCUGCUGUGCACAGCUGUGGACCCACAGUUUCAUAUAUAGCUUGAGUUUAAAUGAAAGACAGCACAUUUCAAAGAACAGCUGACUCCUGCAGAAGGGACAUUUUGGAGCAAACCGACAGACUUUUCUUUCUAAUCACAGGGCAUAGAUCACAGAAAUAAAACAACAUUAGGGUGUUGGACAAAUUGUGGUGGGUUCUGUACAUGUCUCUUGGCUUAGGCUGGAUGUAGACCAACCUUUAAAUGGCAGCAGUAGAAAAUAAGCUUAAUCGGCAGAGUGACUUUCAGAAGAUCCAAAUUUGGGGAAAAUUGUGUUUAUAAAAUAUACUGUCAUUAAAGAGGGUCUUUUCUUACAUCCUGACUCACUGAAUCUGCGUUUGUAUUUCACAGAAGAAUGUAAACCCAAAGAAA